ACAGUGCUUAGAAGCCAUCUGUCCAGCAAAUGUCCACUGUCCACAGCACAGAGCCUUGACCUUGGCAGCGUGAAGAGACAAAUAUGCACUAGACACUGCCCAGCAAGCCGAGGAAGCCGCCGCUGAGCCCUGAGUUCGAGCCUCCUGCCCACCAUGGCCUCGGCGGACAAGAAUGGCGGGAACCUGUCCUCUGUGUCCAGCAGCCGUCUGCAGAGCCGGAAGCCACCCAACCUGUCCAUCACAAUCCCUCCCCCUCCCCCCGAGACCCAGGCCCCCAGCGAGCGGGACAGCAUGCUGCCUGAGAGGCCCAAGAACCCAGCCUACUUGAAGAGCGUCAGCCUCCAGGAGCCGCACGGACGGUGGCAGGACGGCAGCGAGAAGCGCCCCGGCUUCCGCCGCCAGGCCUCUCUGUCCCAGAGUAUCCGCAAGGGCACAGCCCAGUGGUUUGGCGUCAGCGGCGAAUGGGAAGGCAAGCGGCAGCACUGGCAGCGUCGCAGCCUGCACCACUGCAGCGUGCGCUACGGCCGGCUCAAGGCCUCGUGCCAGAAGGACCUGGAGCUCCCCAGCCAGGAGGUGCCCUCCUUCCAGGGCAUCGAGUCUCCCAAGUCCUGCAGGAUGCCCAAGAUUGUGGAUCCGCUAGCCCGGGGCCGGGCCUUCCGCCACCCAGACGAGGUGGACCGCCCACACGCGCCUCACCCGCCGCUCACCCCGGGGGUCCUGUCCCUCACCUCCUUCACCAGCGUCCGCUCGGGCUGCUCCCACCUGCCCCGCCGCAAGAGGAUGUCCGUGGCCCACAUGAGCUUUCAGGCCGCCGCCGCCCUCCUCAGGGGGCGCUCGGUGCUGGAUGCCGCCGGACAGCGGAGCCGGGUGGUCAAACGCAGCUUCGCCUACCCCAGCUUCCUGGAGGAGGACGCUGUCGACGGGGCGGACACCUUCGACUCCUCCUUUUUUAGUAAGGAAGAAAUGAGCUCCAUGCCGGAUGAUGUGUUUGAGUCCCCUCCACUCUCUGCCAGCUACUUCCGCGGGAUCCCACGCUCGGCCUCCCCAGUGUCCCCCGUGGGAAUGCAGAUCGCGCUGAAGGACGGGGCCCGAGCUGCAGCCCCCACGGCCCGGCGGGGCACACGCAUCGCCUCCAAAGUGAGGCACUUCGCCUUUGACCGGAAGAAGCGGCACUACGGCCUGGGCGUGGUGGGCAACUGGCUGAACCGCAGCUAUCGCCGCAGCAUCAGCAGCACCGUGCAGCGGCAGCUGGAGAGCUUCGACAGCCACCGGCCCUACUUCACCUACUGGCUGACCUUCGUCCACGUUAUCAUCACCCUGCUGGUCAUCUGCACCUACGGCAUCGCGCCUGUGGGCUUUGCCCAGCACGUCACCACCCAGCUGGUGCUGAGAAGCAAAGGCUUUUACGAGAGCGUCAAGUACAUCCAGCAGGAGAACUUCUGGGUCGGGCCCAGCUCGCUCGACCUGAUCCACCUGGGAGCCAAGUUCUCACCCUGCAUCCGGAAGGACCAGCAAAUCGAGCAGCUGGUGCAGCGCGAGCGGGAGCUGGAGCGAGACUCGGGCUGCUGCGUCCAGAAUGACCACUCGGGCUGCAUCCAGACCCAGAGGAAGGACUGCUCGGAAACGCUCGCCACUUUUGUCAAGUGGCAGGAUGAUACGGGCCCCCCCAUGGACAAGUCCAAUCUGGGCCAGAAGCGGACGUCCGGGGCUGUGUGCCACCAGGACCCCAGGACCUGUGAGGAGCCAGCCUCCAGUGGCGCCCACAUCUGGCCCGAUGACAUCACCAAGUGGCCGAUCUGCACAGAGGAGGCCGGGAGCAACCUCACGGGCAUUCUGCACAUAGACUGCGAGAUCAAAGGCCGCCCCUGCUGCAUAGGCACCAAGGGCAGCUGCGAGAUCACCACUAGGGAGUACUGUGACUUCAUGCAUGGCUAUUUCCACGAAGACGCGACUCUCUGUUCCCAGGUGCACUGCUUGGAUAAGGUGUGUGGGCUGCUUCCCUUCCUCAACCCAGAGGUCCCCGAUCAGUUCUACAGGCUCUGGCUGUCUCUGUUCCUGCAUGCUGGCGUGGUGCACUGCCUCGUGUCUGUGGUCUUCCAAAUGACCAUCCUGAGAGACCUGGAGAAGCUGGCCGGCUGGCACCGGAUCGCCAUCAUCUUCAUCCUCAGCGGCAUCACCGGCAACCUCGCCAGUGCCAUCUUCCUCCCAUACCGGGCAGAGGUGGGCCCGGCCGGCUCGCAGUUCGGCCUCCUUGCCUGCCUCUUUGUGGAGCUCUUUCAGAGCUGGCAGCUGCUGGAGCGGCCCUGGAAAGCCUUCUUCAACCUUUCGGCCAUCCUGCUCUUCCUCUUUGUGUGCGGCCUCCUGCCCUGGAUCGACAACAUCGCCCACAUCUUUGGCUUCCUCAGUGGCAUGCUGUUGGCCUUCGCCUUCCUGCCCUACAUCACCUUUGGGACCAGCGACAAGUACCGCAAGCGAGCCCUCAUCCUGGUGUCGCUGCUGGUCUUCGCCGGCCUCUUCGCCUCCCUGGUCCUCUGGCUCUACAUCUACCCCAUCAACUGGCCCUGGAUCGAAUACCUCACCUGCUUUCCCUUUAUCAGCCGCUUCUGCGAGAAGUACGAGCUGGACCAGGUGCUACACUGACGCCCCCUGACCUGGCCAGGCCAGGGACGAUGCCCGCUGUGCCGUCUGCCCCGCGCACCAGAGGCUCACGGGCAAGACCUCAGGCCCUUUCUGCCAGGCAAGGCCGACCGGGUGAGACGAUCAGGAAGGACAGGAUCAGGACCCCCAGGACAUUGCUUUCCUGAAGCUCCAGUCCCAAGCCUGCCUACCUCCUCGCAGUAAGGAAUGCCUAGGGCAGAGUAAGAAAGCCUUCCCCGGGCCCCGGCUGCUCGCGCCUUCACUGUGUGAUCGCGCUGUGCACACAGCUGCUCCUCCACUGGACCCCCGCAGCGGGGUCCCCCGGGCUCACAGAACUUCCACACUGUCUUAUAUCUCCUGGACUGGCCACUGUGGAGAGGCUUUGGCCACAGGCUGGUGGCAACGAACAGGCAAGAGGACACGACUGGACAAGGAUGCUGGGAGCCUUUGUGUUAGCGGCCGCCCCUCAGCCCUGGCUCCGGCCCCGCCUUCGGCUCCCGGGUGGCGACCCCGUCACUUCUCUCACCCCGAGCAGUUCCAGGACCUGCUCGCUGGGGGCUGGCUGGGGGGGUCUCAGGCAGGGCUGGUGUUCUCUCACUCACUUUAAAAAACCGGCUUACAUCACGGUCCUAAUUUUGAAAAGGCAACGCUAACUUUGUACGGAUGAUGUGAGAAGUGUAUUAAAAGAGAUUCUUCACGGAAA